GCGUCAUCCACAUAUUCGUCUUUAGCUUCAGUUUUAUGAAUGCCAGAGAAAGCCAGAACCUUCAAAUCAAUCGGGAAAGAAAAGGCAGAUUUAAGGAAGAUUGGUUCGGAUACCAAAAUGUUGGACACUAACUCUGAAGAUGCAAUCAGCUUGCUUCCAGAAGAGGUUCUUGGCAAGAUCUUGUCCUUAAUUCCUACAAAACAGGCUGCUUCAACAUCUGUUCUUUCUGAAAAGUGGAGAAAUUUGUUUACACUGGUUCAUAAUAAUGAUUUUGAUGAUUCUGACUUGCUGCGACCCGAAGAGGGUAAAGAAGAGAGGGAUGUGGUCCGGGAGAGCUUCAGGAAUUUCGUGGACAGGACACUCGCUUUGCAAUGCGGUUCGCCUAUCAAGAAAUUCUCUCUAAAAUGCCACCUUCACUUAGACAGCGAGAUGUCCUAUGUGGGCCCCUGGAUAUCUAAUGCCGUGGGGCGCGGUGUUCUGGAGCUGGACCUAAGUAUACAUACCCGCUAUAAAUUCGUUCAGGACUCUGAAACUGGCUGUUCUCGAUGGCCCCAAGGUAUGAAGCGCCGCGGUGAUGUCUUUCUUCCUUCUGAGCUCUUCACGUGCAAGACGCUGGUCACACUUAGACUGGGGAAACAUAUUUUUCUUGGAGAGUUUCCUCUAGAACUGUCUCUUCCAGCGCUUAAGAGUCUCUUCAUCGAUUCUAUCUGUUUCGCAUAUAAAGAUCUGAGUGAUGUGUUUUUUCCCGGCUGUCCAGUGCUAGAGGAGUUAGUCCUACGUUACGAGGACUAUGUAAUGUGGCCGUCCUACUAGCACAUAUCCAGCCGGACCAUCAAGAGACUGUUAGUUCUUUAUGAUGAUUCUGCAUGUGUCUUUAAAAGUUAUAUGUCACUGGACGCCCCAAAUCUACUCUUCCUGGACUACUGCCAUUAUCCCAUGUCUGUGUAUCCACAUGUUAACUUGGCUUCUUUAGUCGAAGCUAGGUUGGAUAUCCAGUAUAGUACAAACAUGGACGAUGUGCCGGAUAUUACGGGUCUCAUUGUAGGGAUAAGCAACGUCAAGACCCUGCAUCUUUCUCCCGGUUCUGUUGAUCUGAUUUUUCGGUGUGUUAAAUAUGGACUGCUUGGUCUAAAAAUAAAUAGAAAAGUUGGACUGCUUCUACCGGUGUUCAACAAUCUGGUAAGCCUGUCUUUUGGGAGUAAGAAUGAAACAGAUUGGAAACUGCUGCCAUAUCUGAUUGAGCAGUCUCCAAAGCUUGAAUCUCUAACUAUCCAGGGGCUGGAUAGUUACACAUGCGAUUCGACCAUGCAUCUGUUCCAAGUGAAGGUGUUACGUGUUCUUGGUUAUGGAGGAACUGCUAAAGAGUCGGAACACUUGAAGAAAUUUAUUGGGGAGUCGGAAUGCCUUGAAGUGGUGCUGGUGGAUGAUGUCAUGUGAUUGCAUACCAAAAGGGUUGUAUUGUUGACGACGCUUCUUGGAAUUUUCAGUUUCAUAUACAAGUGCAAGAUCUUACCAUAAAUGAAUUGUUAUUAGAUGUUGAGUGUAUGCUGUUACAAUAGAUAGAAUGAGAUCAUCUUUAUCUAA